ACCAGCAAUGGUAUCUACACGAGGCAUGCUUCGUAUCGUGGCUUUCGCAGCGGCCGCCGUUGCCAUGACCCAAGCGGACAACCAAUGCUCGGCCAUCCCUGACGUUGAUUUUCCAGGCAACGACAUCAAGACGACGGACCGCGCCAAUCCUGGCGACUGCUGCGCCGACUGCCUGGCCACCCCUCGAUGUACCGCGUACAACUGGGACAGCGGCGUUUGCUACUUGAAGUCUUCGCAAGGCACCAUGUCACCGCUUCCGGGUGGAGUGUCUGGUGUCGUCGUCAAGACGACCCCUGCCCCCACAACCGUAGCGCCGACGACGAUGGCCCCGACUUCUGCACCGACCAAGGCCCCGACUUCUGCACCGACCAAAGCCCCAACUUCUGCACCGACCAUGGCCCCAACAGCAGCACCUACCCCGGCGCCCACGGUCGCCCCGUCGUGCAAGCGCAUCCGCAAGUCAUGGGAAGCGCUCACCGCCGCCGAGAAGGACACGUACAUUUCCGCGAUCGAGCUCGCCAUGGACAAGGGCAUGUACCAAAAGUUUGUCCAGAUUCACAAAGAAACCAUGAGCACAGCGGAAGGCCACGGGACGUGUGUGUUUCUGUUUUGGCAUCGCAAGCUUCUCCUCGCGUACGAGAACAUGCUGCGCAGCUUGGGCGACCGGUUCAAGUGCUUGACGCUGCCGUACUGGGACUACGUCCAGAACUACGCGACGAUGCAAAACACGCCGGUGGCGACGCGGUGCAAGAGCCUGGAAUCGUGCUCGGCCGUCCUUCGCGAAAUGGGAGGCACGGCACAGUACAAGAUGUCGUCCAAGCCCUUGUUUGGCUACACGUUUUCGGAUCAACGAUGUGUGACCGCCCGUCCUGCCAACCACAUGUGCACGGCAGCGGGUGCUGGCAACUCUCAGUGCGACCACUGCAUCCCACGUGGCAUGUGGUCAUCGACUCCGAUGACUGCCGACAUGUCCAUCGACUCUGUACGUGGCCAAGUGCUCUACUCUGGCACCAGCAUCGCGUCUGUGUCGAGAGCAAUGGAAUCGUCACCCCACGCGAGCAUCCAUAUUCGGUUGUCCGGGCCCCAGAACGUCGUGGCUGUGUCCCCAAUGGAUCCAAUCUUCUUCAUCCAUCACAACACUCUCGACUUGCUCCACACGAUCUUCUACCACUGUAACGUCGAACCGCUUGGGUUAACCGACGAGCAAAAGAAAACGGAUGCCAGGUCGUUCCAAGGCUGUCGCACCAAGAACGGUGACCCGAUCGGCCCGACGUCACCCGUCAUGAUGCGCGUGGAGUCGAACGCGGGCGCGAUCGACAUUCAAAACGACCCUUUGGUCGGCGAAUUCUUCCGGUCUUUGCCCAACAAGUACUACCAGUUCACGGACGCCCGAACCUUGGGCUACUCGUACGAGGUCAAGGGGCUCCUCGGGGACCUGUACACGAAAUGCGACGGCGCGGGGCCAAUGGCCAUGCCCCGCACAGAAUCCGCCUCCAACGCGACGGCGCUCGCCAUCGACCACGUCGUUCAGCCCGUCACGCUCCAGGAGAACUUGAACGUGCUGUCGUUCGAGGACGCCGUGCUGGCGCAGGCGGCCAAGCAAGGGCUCACUCGCGACCAAGGAUUCAAGGAAUUGCGCAAGAUGACAAUCAUGCUGCAGCAAAACUGCCUCACGGGCGACGUCACCGAUUUCACGGACGAGCAAAAGAAGAUGUUCCACGUCGAAGUGUCGCCGUCGUUUGUGAUUCUGUCCAAGAUUCAGUCGGGGGAAGACCCGAUUCGAAUCGACGGGUGGCCAGAGCUCCUCUUCAAAUACUAUGGCUGCCACGGCAACAUGAAGGAGCAGUAAAAGAUUUGUUAAGCCCAACGGAAUGAUUCAUGUAGUAUAGGUUUCGAGGUUUGCUCUGAG